UCUAGUGGGACGGAUUGUAGUUUGUCCAACACACCAAUCACGAAAGACAUGAAGCAGCUUGGCAAAAUUGGAUCAGAUUAAACGUGUUACUGUUCCUUAAUACACGCAAUACCGUGGAAUUCGAUUGACAAUAACAGUUGGAUUGAAAUGUAGAAACAAUUUAGUGCUUCAAAAGACAGGUUCAAUAUAUAAUCAAGAAGAAGUUCAAUAAUCAAAAGUAAGAAUCUAUUGAAAAAAUCACUCUGUAGUAAUGAAUAAUAAGGAACAAGUGCUGAAGUUAAGUUUGUUGCUAAUAGCGACCUGUGUUGCUAUGGAGACGGGAGUCGAGACACUCAGAGCACCCUGCUACAACUGUGAGUUCUUCGAGCUAGCACAUCAAAACAGAAUCGCCAGAAGCGAACAUCACAGAAGACUGGUCCACCAGGAGUGCAGAUGGCCUUGCCCUACGACAGAAUGUCCCGAGACUCCUCACGAUGUACCUGGCUGUAGAGACGGUGUCAAUAUCAUAAAGGACGGUUGUGGCUGCUGUUUUAUGUGUGGACGCCAGCAGGGAGAUACGUGCAACCAUGAACAGUUGUGUGAUGAACAAAAAGGAUUGUAUUGUGAUUUUCAACUGGAUAAUGGCGUAAGAGGAGUGUGUAGAGCCAAAGAGGCGAAUCCCUGCUACGUACCUGACAAUGGUAAAUUCUACAGAGACGGGGAGUCAUUUCAACCAGACUGUCGCAGAAAGUGUACCUGUCAAAAUGGCCACUAUGGUUGUGUUUCGAACUGCCCUCAGGAGGAGAGGAAACCGUCGAACGUGUCCUGCAUCAACCCACAGUUAAUUUCAAUCAACAAUAGCUGCUGCAAAGAUUGGAUAUGUCCAGAUUAUAAGGAAAAUUCGGGCCACCGUGAGAGGGACGUCACUACUUUCUCACCAUUUCAAGUGACCACAUCACCAAGACCAUGCAAGAAAGAUACAUCUGCGUGGAGCGCUUGCUCUGUGACAUGUGGCCAGGGAGUGUCCAUCCGGGUCACCAAUGACAACGGGGAUUGUCAGCCAAUCAAACAAGUCAGAAUGUGUGAGAUCAGACCAUGUGACCUCAAUGAUCAACAUUUGACUGGCCGGCAUUGCAAACAUACAAUACGUGCAAAGGAGAAAAAGCCAAUCCAAAUCAAAGACUGUACAAGUGUCAAGAAAUUCCAGCCCAAAUAUUGUAGCACUUGUAAAAAACGCACAUGUUGUCUUCCCGAGAUGGCAUCAACAAAAUCAUUGGAAUUUGUAUGUAAAGACGGUAAACAUACCAUGAAAAACAUAAUGUGGAUUAAAAACUGUAAAUGUCAAAACACGUGUCUAUAUAAUUGAAUCAUAACGAGAUAGGUGCUGAAAUAUAUAUAUAGUCAAAACUCUCGGCUUUCUCCCGUCUAAUUCUUCACUUUGAGUUAAUUGGUGAUAUAUAUAUAAAAUUUAUGACAUUCUUUAUUAUAUAUAGUAUAUCUUUUAUUGACUCUUUAGAUGUCAUAUCAUGACAUAUUAGUCACUUAGGUAGAGCAGUUCUUCCCAUUGUCGAGUUGAAGAUCAAACUAUUAAGAACCUCCGAGAACUUUGGACACUAUGAAGAUGAAAGAAAAACGAAUAAUGUCACAAGGUGAACUCUGUUAUAAACUUUGAUCUUGCAGUCGACCUACUUAAUGUAGGUGCGAAUGUAAAGCUGGCAUUAGCAUUAAUCAACAAUAGCAUUUGUAUAAAAAAAUAUGUGUACUUAUUUAGAUUUAUAUCAGGAUUUAUUCAAUUAUGAAUUCAUUUAACAUAUCUGAAAUAAAAU